AUGUCAUUGAUUUGGCUACAGGUUGGGCAAUGUGGCAACCAGAUUGGAAACGAAUGGUGGCAGAUACUCAACAACAACGCGAGUGAAGAGGGCAGGUAAAUCUUCAAACAGCAUUAACCCCAUGAUUCCCUCCCACUCUGUGUACCAUGCGGUUCCGACUCCCACAGUGAGCAGGACAAACAGCAGUAACCCCAUGAUUCCCUCCCACUCUGUGCUCCAUGCGGUUCCGACUCCCACAGUGAGCAGGACAAACAGCAUUAACCCCAUGAUUCCCUCCCACUCUGUGUACCAUGCGGUUCCCACUCCCACAGUGAGCAGGACAAACAGCAGUAACCCCAGGAUUCCCUCCCACUCUGUGUUCCAUGCGGUUCCCACUCCCACAGUGAGCAGGACAAACAGCAGUAACCCCAUGAUUCCCUCCCACUCUGUGUACCAUGCGGUUCCCACUCCCACAGUGAGCAGGACAAACAGCAGUAACCCCAUGAUUCCCUCCCACUCUGUGUACCAUGCGGUUCCCACUCCCACAGUGAGCAGGACAAACAGCAGUAACCCCAUGAUUCCCUCCCACUCUGUGCUCCAUGCGGUUCCCACUCCCACAGUGAGCAGGACAAACAGCAGUAACCCCAGGAUUCCCUCCUACUCUGUAUUCCAUGCGGUUCCCACUCCCACAGUGAGCAGGACAAACAGCAGUAACCCCAUGAUUCCCUCCCACUCUGUGUACCAUGCGGUUCCCACUCCCACAGUGAGCAGGACAAACAGCAGUAACACCAUGAUUCCUCCCACUCUGUGUUCCAUGCGGUUCCCUCCCCCACAGUGAGCAGGACAAACAGCCCACGAUUGAGCUCUAAGCUGUGAGUUGUGUCUUGGAUCCAUUGGUCAGUGUUCUCCUACCAGUGAUAAAUGGUGCUGAGAUCUGAGUCCACUUAUUAUUUUGCUUUUUAGAUACAACUACUUCUCCCGUGACAACUCCCUAAAUGCAAUUUGUGUGGAUAGUGAACCCAAAGUGAUAAGAAAAAUUCAGAAGCAAGUUAAGAAAAGGUGAGUGUUAUAAAGUGUUUUACAUAUCUCCCAUAAUUUCAUAAAACUACGUCUAUCACUCUGCUGCGGUCCUCUGAUCCAUUGGCGAGUUGACGCUACAUCACAACCAAGAUAAUUCAUGAAAGGGACACUCCAGUGCCAGGAAAACAAUCCAUUUUCCUGGCACUGCAGGUACCCUCUCCCUCCCACCACCCAUCCCAGGUUGCUGAAGGCGUGAAAACCCCUUCAGUGACUUACCUGAGACCCCCGCCGAUGUCCCUGCGGCGGUGAUUUCGGGUCCGCCCAUGCUCCUCCCCCGCUGACGUCAUUCAGAACGUUCGCGCAUGGGGAGUUGAGCGAUGCUGGAGGUCCUCACACAGCGUGAGGAAGUCCAGCGACGCUGUAGCACAGAAAACCUGUGCUAGAAACCAGGAAGUUCCCUCUAGUGGCUUGUAACGGACCGUUUCUCUCACAAGGGGAUAAAAUCGGUUUAGGCGAUAAUCCCCUUUCCCAUAGACCAGCAGCUAUUGCAAUCACCAACUUCCCGAACUCCAAACUGUACGAAUCCCCAACUCACGAACAAGAAAUACACGAACUCUGGAAGCAGCCGAACAGGAAAAGCAAUACGAACGGCUUACACUCCUGGCAGUCAGCACACAAUCCAAUUCCCCCAAUAACGAGACGACACUUCGUUUUGAGGGUUAAGCAGAAUCUACAGAUUUAUUCACACCACCUCCUUUUAAGACAUUCUCCCAUGCAAGGGAGGGAUCCACAACAAUUAGUACCCCAGCCAAUAAUGUACCAGUUACCUCCCACACAUCUCCUCCCCUUAGUGUGACACAUAAUCCCAUUAGUACAAACACAAAUUCCCUGGGAUACUGGAUGUUCCCCUAAACAUAGGGAUACCCCUUUAAAUGUUACAUCCCCUGGUAGCCCUGAUCUGGGUGAGACACAUAUCCAAAAAUCACCCAGAUCGGACCCGGGGUUCAGGAAUUAUAAAGGGUUAAAGUUUUGACCGACUGCAUGGCAAAAGUUUUCGAAAAUAGUUCCAUGUAUUUUGGCCCUGCAGUCGGUCACAGAAAAGGGAAUCAAACACACGAAUUGCCUGUGUUACAGAGCUUGGGGAGGAUUCGUAUGAAUCCCCCUGUUCGUGGGAUCCUUUCUACCGAACGGCGGGCCGUUCGGUAGUUUCUGCACGAAUUGCUGGAAGUCUGGAGGUCUCAGCGGUGUUUGCUUAGUCGAGUGUCCGAUUUUAGUUCCAGAUACUCGACGGCAAAACACCGCUGUUCGGGAGUUUAAGAUGGCCGCCGCCACGUGUUCGUUUCCCGAAUGGCGGCCACCCAGAGGACACAACACACAUUACACAUAUUGCCAAUUACCCGUUUGCAACAUUGUUGCAAACGGUAAUUGGAGGCACACUUACUCCAGGGUGGUCUGGUUGUUCGGUAGUUUCACCCAAUAUAAUGAAUGGAGUAAUUCUGCCGAACAAUCAGACGAAUGCUGCAUACACAUAACACUGUUUACCGAACAUAUAAUAUUAAAUACAGCCUGAAUGCAAUUUGCUACACAGUCUUAAAAAGGCAUUAUUCCUAACAGGCAGAAUAUGUCCACGGAUGGCCCUUAAAGGGCCAGUAGCAGCAAUAUAAAAAUGUCACAUGCCCAAAUAUUGCAUACAAAAGUACGAAUUCACAAGGGGGCCAUAGUCAGAUGGCAGGAGGCUGGCAACCAGGCUUCUCCAGUGCAUAGUGGCGAGGUUGGUUUCGCCACACUUCUCCCCUUUACCAAUCAGACUAACAGGGUAUCUGACCUCCUGCCGGUCAGUGCCCUUGUUAGUCCAGCAGCCCACCCACAAAACACAAUCAGUAAUACAGCCCACCCACAAUAACUGGCUACUACACCUGGGUAGCGGAGAACUUUGUCCGUGUCCAGGUGCCUCACCAUGGCUGUGUGGGUGACUGGUCAGCGUACUGGGUGGGUUGCUGAGUGGGCAGAGACCAGCGGUACUCUGUCCUGGUGCCAGCACUACCAUGGGAGCAGUCUGGUUGGAGCCUGGUUGCUGGAGGAGAAGACAGACUGUCUCCCCUUUGCCUAAACAGUCCUGCUGCUGGGUGACAGGACCGACUGUCCCUACCCCCGGUGGUGCAUGUGCAGCGACUACUGUCCCAUCUGCACUGUUGUGGAGAUCACUGUCUCCCCUUGGUGGGCUAAGCUGCCGCUGGGGAGAGGGUGUAACAAGCUCCUCUCCCAUACAUACUUUCAGCCGCUGGGGAGAGGGGAUAACAAGCUCCUCUCCCUGACACUCUCUCUGCUGUUGAAGGGGGAGACCGACUGUCUCCCCUUUCAAUAAUUCGUCCUGUUGCUGGGGAGAGGUGAUAACUGGUUCCUCUCCCUGGAACACUCUCUGCUGUUGGAGAGGGGGACCAACUGUCUCCCCUUUUAAUAUAUUGUCCUGCUGCUGGGGAGCGAGACCGACUGUCUCCGCUUCCUGCAGGACACACUGCCGCUGGGGAGGAAGGACGGCACCUUCUGCUCCCUGGAACACACACUGCCGCUGGGGAGGACGGACUGCACCUUCAGCUCCCUGGGACACACACGGCCGCUGGGGAGGAAGGACGACACCUUCAGCUCCCUGGGGUACACACUGCCGCUGGGGAGGAAGGACUGCACCUUCAGCUCCCUGGGACACACACUGCCGCUGGGGAGGAAGGACGACACCUUUGGCUCCCUGGGACACACACUGCCGCUCGGGAGGAAGGGCACUGCACCUUCUGCUCCCUGGGACACACACCGCUAGGAGAAGGACGCACCUUCUGCUCCCCAAAUAUACACUGCCGCUAGAGGAAGGGACGGUGCACCUUCUGCUCCCCCUGGGGUACACACUGUCGGGCUGGGGAGGAAGGACGGUACCUUCAGCUCCCUGGGAUACCCACGGCCGCUGGGAGGAAGGAUCUACACCUCUAGCUCCUGGGGUACAUCAAGCCGCUGGGGAGGAAGGACUGCACCUUCAGCUCCCUGGGACACACAUACCGCUGGGGAGGAAGGACGGCACCUUCUGCUCCCUAAAAAGACACACCGCCGCUGGGGAGGAAGGACGACACCUUCAGCUCCCUGGGACACACACCGCCGCUGGGGAGGAAGGACGACACCUUCAGCUCCCUGGGACACACACUGCCGCUGGGGAGGAAGGACGACACCUUCAGCUCCCUGGGACACACACUGCCGCUUGGGAGGAAGGACGACACCUUCAGCUCCCUGGGACACACACUGCCGCUGGGGAGGAAGGACGACACCUUCUGCCCUGGGUACACACUGCCGCUGGAGUAGGAAGGACGUACCUUCAGCUCCCUGGGAUACCCACGUCAUUGGGGAGGAAGGACGACACCUUCAGCUCCUGGGGCUACACUGCCGCUGGGGAGGAAGGACUGCACCUCUGCUCCCCUGGGACACACACUGCCGCUGGGGAGGAAGGACGCACCUUCUGCUCCCUACACACUGCCGGCUGGGAGGAAGGACGUACCUUCAGCUCCCUGGGAUACACACUGCCGCUGGGGAGGAAGGACGGUACCUUCUGCUCCCUGGGGUACACACUGCCGCUGGGGAGGAAGGACGGUACCUUCUGCUCCCUGGGGUACACACUGCCGCUGGGGAGGAAGGACGGCACCUUCAGCUCCCUGGGAUACACACUGCCGCUGGGGAGGAAGGACGGCACCUUCUGCUCCCUGGGUACACCUAUGAGUCCCCGUAACGCACUCUGCCUCCGGAUAGGGCGGCUGAUACCUUUGGCUGGAUCUGCCAUGAACUCCAGGUACUCGUCUACCUGGCUCCUUACGAACUGCACGUAUUUCUCCGGGGGGUUGGGUCCAAAGAAAGCCAGCCGCAUAGCAAACUCUCUGUCAUACUGCUCCUGAGUGUAGCUAGGUGCCAUGCUUGCGCUGCUGAAGUUGGCUCUUUUGUCGAUAGGGUCGCUGUACGUGUACUGGCGUUGCCCUCACUUUGUAAUCCAAGGAAUGGUGUUGCCCUCACUUUGUAAUCCAAGGAAUGGUGUUGCCCUGUAGCUGUCUUUCUGGUUGUAGGAACGAUCCCGCCGCUUGCCACCAAUUGUAACGGACCGUUUCUCUCACAAGGGGAUAAAAUCGUUUAGGCGAUAAUCCCCUUUCCCAUAGACCAGCAGCUAUUGCAAUCACCAACUUCCCGAACUCCAAACUGUACGAAUCCCCAACUCACGAACAAGAAAUACACGAACUCUGGAAGCAGCCGAACAGGAAAAGCAAUACAAACGGCUUACACUCCUGGCAGUCAGCACACAAUCCAAUUCCCCCAAUAACGAGACGACACUUCGUUUUGAGGGUUAAGCAGAAUCUACAGAUUUAUUCACACACACAGCCUCCUUUUAAGACAUUCUCCCCUGCAAGGGAGGGAUCCACAACAAUUAGUACCCCAGCCAAUAAUGUACCAGUUACCUCCCACACAUCUCCUCCCCUUAGUGUGACACAUAAUCCCAUUAGUACAGACACAAAUUCCCUGGGAUACUGGAUGUACCCCUAAACAUAGGAAUACCCCUUUAAAUGUUACAUCCCCUGGUAACCCUGAUCUGGGUGAGACACAGAUCCAAAAAUCACCCAGAUCGGACCAGGGGUUCAGGAAUUAGAAAGGGUUAAAGUUUUGACCGACUGCAUGGCAAAAGUAUCCGAAAAUAGUUCCAUGUAUUUUGGCCCUGCAGUCGGUCACAGAAAAGGGAAUCAAACACACGAAUGGCCUGGGUUAUAGAGCUUUGGGAGGAUUCGUAUGAAUCCCCUUGUUCGUGUGAUCCUUUCUACCGAACGGCGGGCCGUUCGGUAGUUUCUGCACGAAUUGCUGGAAGUCUGGAGGUCUCAGCGGUGUUUGCUUAGUCAAGUGUCCGAUUUUAGUUCCAGACACUCGACGGCAAAACACCGCUGUUCGGGAGUUUAAGAUGGCCGCCGCCACGUGUUCGUUUCCCGAAUGGCGGCCACCCAGAGGACACAACACACAUUACACAUAUUGCCAAUUACCCGUUUGCAACAAUGUUGCAAACGGUAAUUGGAGGCACACUUACUCCCGGGUGGUCUGGUUGUUCGGUAGUUUCACCCAAUAUAAUGAAUGAAGUGAUUCUACCGAACAAUCAGGGGAAUGCUGCAUUCACAUAACACUUUAUACCGAACACAUAAUAUUAAAUACAGCCUGAAUGCAAUUUGCUACAUAGUCUUAAAAAGGCAUUAUUCCUAACAGGCAGAAUAUGUUCACGGAUGGCCCUUAAAGGGCCAGUAGCAGCAAUAUAAGAAGCUUUGUCACAUGCCCAAAGAUUGCAUACAAAAAUACGAAUUCACAAGGGGGCCAUAGUCAGAUGGCAGGAGGCUGGCAACCAGGCUUCUCCAGUGCAUAGUGGCGAGGUUGGUUUCGCCACAGUUUUCUUUUAUGAGAACUCUGGGAUGUGGAUUGGGGGUCUUGUCCUUAUAUGGCUAGAGUUAUAUUCUGACGUCCGUAUGGGCACAUCUAUAUAGUAACUGAACAAAUGGACACGAGGUCUCUCUCUCGGCUCUUCUUCCUGUACAGCUAUGUAACAAUGUAACUUUCCCUUCAGGAGUCCAGCAAUUACCAUCGGCUUUUGAACAUCCAUUAUCCUGUAACAUCCUUUAUUGUUUUAUUAUGUAUCCGUAACUGUAAGAAUAAACCGUAAGAAACCGUAAGUCAGGUUGCGUAUUAGUACUUUUGGUUAAUAUAGACUUAUAUUAAUGUGUCAAGCCUUUGACCCAAGACUAUAUAUACAAAAGUCUUUGUAUCAAUCAACCGGAAAAAAACACAGAAGAAGAAGGAACUAAAUUAUUACAGUUUUUUCCUGUAUUGUUUACAUAAAGUGUGUUCUUUAUAGACCUGCACUUAUUAACUGGAUCACCAAUUGUCCCAAACUGGCAGAUCACAUUCAUUCGUCCGAGGCUGCUGCUCAGAAUACAUUGGUUCUGUAGUGGUUAUUAGUUGUAUUACCCUGCAGGCAUUUAAUGGGUCAUUAAGGUCAUUUUACCAUUUAAUGUUUAGAAUUUGGGUCUUUGUCAAGGGAAAGGAAAACGGAAAAGAGUUAAAGGGACACGUUAGGCACCCAGAUCACUUUAUUUCAUAGACUGGUCCGAGUGCAAUGUCCCUGUCCCUUUAACCCUGCAGUGUUAAAGGACCACUAUAGUCACCCAGGCCACUUCAGCUCAAUGAAGUGGUCUGGGUGCCAGGUCCCCCAGGUUUUAACCCUGCAGCUGUAAACAUAGCAGUUUCAGAGAAACUGCUAUGUUUACAUUGAGGGUUAAUCCAGCCUCUAGUGGCUGUCUUCCUGACAGCCGCUAGAGGCGCUUUUGCGACGCUCAAUGCGAAAAUCGCAUCCAGCGUGCAGAAUGUUCAUAGGAAAGCCAGCUUCAGUUAUCGCAAGCGCUCAGUAGCCUAAUCUUCCUGUUCGUUUCAGAACUGGAACCGAGGAGUUCUGCCGCUGCAACCCAUUCAAUGUUUGUUCUGCAGUUUGUUUUGAGGUGUAA